AUGGCUAAGAUCUACUUAUCUCGGUCAAGCCACAUAUCAUCGUGGAACAAGAGCACGUCGCAUCUAUCGGCCAGCUUUUGUGGUUUCUUCAGAAUACAUCACGUAUAUAGCCAAUUCAGGGUCAUUGGCAACGAAAGUGGGAUACUGGCCGUGGUACAUAACCAAGGGCAUGAUGAGAAAGUCGAUUCAAUUGCUGAACUGCCCAAGGUCAUCCGCCAACUCAAGGUCGACAACACUGAAUUCAAUGCCGCAGUUGAGGGUGGAUAUCUUGCUAGACAUGAAACAACGACACCUGGCUGCGACCUAAAGUUCCGUUUGGUCAAUAUACAAAGGGAGCUGUCCGUGUUCAAGUUCAGGACAGACGACCAGUAUCUCCAAUCCCAGCAAAAGAUCCGUGGCCAAGGCAUUGGUUCAACAUGGACAUGGAAGGCAAUUUGGGCAAUUGCUAGGCCCCCCCAUAUCACUUAACUCUCU